AUGGAUGGACGAAGCCGAGCUGCUGAUGCUACGUGGGAAGAAAAGUCCAAGAUUUUUGCUUCAAAACGAGAUGCCUUAAUUCACCAGUAUAAGGAGCUACGAAGAGAGGUAGCAGCGACUUCGAAGAAUCGCCCCGCGACAAGUUCCGAGAGGCCUGGCGACAAUCAAGAUCUCGUUGAGUCAAUGAACGACCUUUUCUUGAAAACGCUCCAUCUUCUAUACACAUUGAAUCAAGUAGGCAUAGACGACACGGCAACGGGGCUUUGCUUCCGCCCAAAAAUGCGGAUACUCAGAUUUAUUAUUGAAGGUGUUGUUGGGACUGACUCACUGAGACUGGCUGAUCAUCGCGGGGUUCUCGAUAUCGUCGCUACACAUUUUGGAAGACUUACCCUUGAUCCCAAUGGUUUGUGGGAUGAAACCGCAGACCAAAUGGAUAAUAAGGCAGACAAGGUAUUCAAGCAUUACCUGGGUCUCGCUGAGGAUGCCAUCUACCGCUUCCGUAGAAGUGAAAUCCUUGGGCGGGACUUGAGGUGGUUUCACGACUGUUGGCGUCUGGUUACCUGGUAUGAACCAAACUGUGACUGUCUACAGUGUACCUUCAGGGCUCAUUGCGCUUUCCGGGAGGUGUGCUGGGAGGAAAAUGACUACGAGAUGAUAACCCGGGCUAUCAUUUCAUCGGGAGUGGAGACCUUGGAUCCUCUUGAGAUUUGGAAGGUGGAGAUGAAUGAUCGUUUGGGCGAGACUUACUGA